AUUCGACGGUCGCGUGUUGGGCAGAUCCGUGGGCGGAGACGUUGGAAACAAGAAAGAAUUAAUGAAUGAACGCACCUGUACAUGUUAUGUGACGCCUACGGACUGAUCGAGGAUUUUGAAAAGGCGUGUACUUUCUGAAGUGAUUCGUAAAGCUGAUUAAACACCCUUCCUUUCGGCCCAGGUGUAACUUUACUUCUUUGAGAUCUGUGACAGACGUCGGACAGCAUUUUGCGGGAUUCUCUAAACAAAAUCUCUAUCUGCAAUUUUUUCUUCAAUUUUAAAUAUUAAUUAAGAAAAUACAGGGCAUGCGAGUAGACAGAAAGAAAAUGGAACAAGAGAAUCUUAGCCGCGAAGAGCGAAGAAGGAGGAGGAGAGCGACUGAAAAGUAUCGAACUGCUCACGCAACAAGAGAAAGAGUCAGAGUGGAGGCUUUCAACGUAGCCUUUAGCGAACUGAGAAAGUUAUUACCAACCUUACCACCGGAUAAGAAACUGUCAAAGAUUGAAAUACUCCGUUUGGCCAUUUGUUACAUAAAUUAUCUCAAUCACGUUCUAGAAUUGAACAACGGUUAAGUAAACUCUUCUUCAUAAAGGAAGUAAACAAAAUUACAAAUGAAGAAACAAGAAGAUAAACAAACAAGUAAACAAACAAACAAACAAACAAACAAAUAAAUAAACAUGUAUACCAGCCUCGUAUGUCUCAAUGAUAAAUUAUUAAAGGAAAACAAAAAAGGAAUCACUCUAAAUAUAACAUUUUAACUGCAUGUACACUCUGUUUGAAUAGUUAUAUUAUCAUUAUCAUUAUCGUUAUCUUUGUUAUAUUAUAUACUUAUAUGUUUGUAUUAUGCUUAUAUUUAUUUAUCUACUAUAAUUUUUAAUACACAUACUUUAGAGAUCCUAAUACUGUACGCUAUUCGCCUUUCUAUCACCUCUUCUUUAAACGCUGCACAAUACACUACUCAACUCUCCAAUAUCUCACUGAAAACUACGUAAUGGCGUUACAUAACUGGCAUCCUAUCCCCUCUAAUAAGCUCAUAAAAAGUAUUGGUAAAAUUUUGUAAAAUUUUAGACGCGUCUUC